AUGCAGAACAUUGCACAUUAUCACGGUUAUUCUUCUGUUAUAUUGAUCGGUCACAAUCAUAUAACAUCCAUUCAGGAUGGAGCUUUUGAUGCUGUUUAUGAUACACUUGUAAAAUUAACACUUAGAUCUAAUAAUUUGAGGGAUUUGUCACAGGCCCAGGAUAUUGGCAAAUUGAAUAAGUUGUCGUAUUUAGAUAUCAAGGAGAACGCUUUUCCAGAUGGAACAACAUUGGAUAGAGGUUCUACUGAUAACGUGUUUCGUCUAAUUGGGGACACAAUAACGGAAUUUCACUUUGGAGGAAGAAAUAUUGCUACUUGGCCGAGAGUUGCCUUAACCCAUUUUCCGAAAUUAGAUACCUUGAACUAUGAGGGAGGGUAUCUAGCAAAUAUACCCUAUGAUGGAUUUCAUGGGUUUGAACACACGUUAAGAAAGUUGCACAUAUCUCACACACAACUUAGACAAAUACCACUGGCAAUAUCACAACUUACACAGCUCCAGGAACUAUAUUUUGAUGACAAUAUUCAUGUACAUGACAGUGGAAUAUUUGCCCAAGCUUUUGCCACCUUAACUCAUACAACUAGUCCACUAAAAGUGUUAAGUCUACAAAAUGACGGAUUAUCAAGAUUCCCUGCAGUUUUGAGAAAUCUUGUCAAUCUUAAAGAAUUGAAUAUGGGUAGAAACAACUUAUGGUACGUGGCCGAUGAUGCCUUGUCACUACUCAUUAAUGCUUCCAUCACAAAAAUGGGUUUAAGUGGAUGCCAACUUGAUAGAAUUCCACAAGCUUUACUUAAAUUACCCAGCAUGGCAGAGCUUGAUGUAUCGAACAAUAAUAUACAAAGCAUUGAACGGUAUGAUAUGAGUAACCAGCCUACAAUAACUAAAUUGAACGUAUCUCACAACCCUCUGGCAUACAUUUCUACUGAAGCAUUUCAGUCGUUACCGGCAUUAGAGGUCGACAUGGAUGAAAGUACGUUGAUGCAGGACUGUCACUCGAAGAUGAAGGUAUGUAAUUGGAUUGAGGGCAGCGUACUCCAAAUAGAGGUGUUGGAUUUAGUCCAGCGUACUCCAAAUAGAAGUGUUGGAUUUAGUCCAGCGUACUCCAAAUAG